ACUUUUAUGAUUUCUGUAUCUCUCCGUCGCUCUCUCUUCUUCACUGUGAUAGAAUUUAUGAAGCAUAGACGCAAUCGCUGGUCCAUUUAAUCUUCUGUCUUUUCUUUUCUUUUUUCUUUUUUUAUCUCUGACUCUCUCUAUUGUCACUCAGUCUAUUGCUCUCUCUGUUCAUCUGUUAAUGGAUCCUGAACUAACUUCAAGUCCCUCGCUUGAUGGGUUUAAGAAGCAUACACUCCUUUUGUCUUUCCAAAGCCUUGGAGUAGUUUUUGGUCGCUUAAGCACUGCUCCCUUAUAUGUCUAUGGCACGAUUCCUGUAGAAGAAUUCACAUCGUCUGAUUCUGCAUAUCAAUACUUAUCUUUUAUUUUCUGGACUCUGACAAUCGUUACCUUGCUAAAGUAUGCCAUAAUUGUAUUGAGAGCCGAUGAUGAUGGAGAAGGUGGUCCAUUUGCGCUGUACUCAUUAUUGUGCAGGCAUGCUAAAGUUGGCCUGCUUCCUAAUGAUAGAAAUGCUAACAAGGUUAUGCAUUAUGAGGCUGGAAGCCCUUUUAGGAUCAAGAAGGAAACGAGGGCUAGAAGAGCAAUAGAAAACAAUAAAACUAGUCAUUAUUUGAUGCUGCUAUCGGCCCUGUUUGGUGCUUGCAUGAUGAUUGGUGAUGCAGUGCUUACCCCAGCUAUUUCUGUGUUAUCUGCUUCAUCAGGUCUUCAGCGAUCAUUAGCCGAUAUGGCAGAUAUAUUUUCCUCUUCACCAAAAGAGCAGGACCUUAUCGCAGAAGACCUGAAUAAGUAUGUCCCAGUUCCGUUUGCCUGUGCCAUAUUGGUGUGCCUUUUUACACUCCAGCACUAUGGGACCCAUAAAAUAGGCUUUAUGUUUGCUCCAAUUAUCAUCGUAUGGCUCUUAUUCAUUGGUGGAGUAGGCAUACAUAAUAUAGUGCAAUGUGAACCCAAAAUCAUUUCUGCAAUCUCCCCAGUAUAUAUGUAUAGAUUCAUCAGAAAUAUUGACAAAAGAAGUUGGAGGUCAUUGGGGAGCAUCCUUUUGUGCAUUGCAGGAACAGAGGCUAUGUUUGCAGAUUUAGGUCAUUUUUCAAGAAAGCCACUCCAGAUUGUGUUUGUGUCCUUGAUUUAUCCAAUUCUAAUUCUGUGCUAUGCGGGUCAAGCUGCAUUUAUUUCCAAGAACUAUGAAAAUUUUGAAGAUUUCAAUCAUCUCAGUCGAUCUGUACCUAAACUUGCACGCCAUGUCUUCGUAGUGCUCUCACUUCUUGCUUCAGUCGUAGGAAGCCAAGCAAGUUUAACGGGAAGUUUCUCCAUCAUAAAUCAGUGUCUGGCACUUGGUUGUUUUCCCCGAGUAAAAGUUAUACAUACAUCAGAUAAACUUAAUGGUCAAGUUUAUAUUCCAGAUGUCAACUGGCUAUUGAUGGUCCUUAGUCUCUGUGUUACAAUUGGUUUCCAUGAUGCUGUGCGGAUUGGUAAUGCAGCUGGCUUAGCAAUUGUUUCCGGAAUGCUAGUCACAUCUUUUCUGAUGUCACUUGUGAUUGCUUUAUACUGGGAGAAGAGUUGGUUGGUCUCUUUGUGCUUCUUACUCUUCUUUGGCUUUGUGGAAGCCAUUUACCUAUCAGCAUGCAUGUUAAAUUUUCACAAAGGCGCCUGGUCUUUGUUUGUGUUUGUGGCAUUGUCCUUGACAAUCAUGCUUGCAUGGCAUUAUGGAACUAUGAAGAAGUACGAGCUUGAUUUGCAAAACAAGGUAUCUACAGAAUGGCUCACAGACUAUAGUCCAGGCCUUGGAGUUGCAAGAGUACCCGGAAUCGGUUUCAUCUUUACUGAUAUAGUGACAGGAAUCCCAGCUUUCUUCUCACAUUUCAUUACAAAUCUUCCUGCAUUUCAUCAAGUACUGAUCUUUGUGUCCUUCAAGUCUUUACCUGUCCCUCAUGUGCCCCCAAGUCGACGUUAUCUUAUAGGCCGGGUUGGUGCCAAGACGUAUAAAAUCUUUCGAUGCAUUGUGAGAUACGGGUAUUGUGAUCGUAUUCGGGACACAGAUGAUUUUGAGGAGCAGAUUAUUCGUUCGAUUGCAGAAUUCAUUUCCCAGGAAGAAAAUGAUUUUGAAUCACUAGUCUCCCCUGAAGGAAGAAUGAUUGUGGUUGGAAAGCCAUCUCCGGAGGGAAAUGCCAUAAUUCCUGUACAGGAUACUUGCUCAGAUGUGGGAACUACAAGCGUGGCGAACAAUGAAACUCCUGUCCGAAGAAAGAAGAAGGUACGAUUUACAUUGCCUGAAAAUCGUCCUAAAAUGAACGUAUUCGUCAGGCAGGAGCUACAAGAACUAAUUGAUGCCAGAGAGAGUGGUACUGCAUAUUUGCUAGGCCGGUCUCAUCUAACCGUUCGUCAAGGCUCGAGCUUCUUGAAGCAGUUUCUAAUCAAGACUUACGUUGUCUGCGAUCAGAAUUGCCGAGCCCAUCCAGUUGCAUUGAACAUUCCUCAUGCAGCUCUUGUGGAGGUUGGUAUGGUCUAUACAAUAUAAACAAUCAACACAACACAGUUAAGGAUUGUCUUGAAGUUGGUGUGGUCUAUACAUUCUUUCAAUAAUGCAUGUUGCUGCAAUGGUUUGCAACAGUUAGCGGAUUUUUGUCCAAGCUAUUCUAAAUGUUAUGAUGGACGCACACGAUUUCAUAUGAAUCAUGUGGGUCUCAUAUUCACAUAGAUGAGGUGCGUCCAUCUCAUCAUUUGGAAUAUCUUAGGACAAAAGAAUUACUGGGAUGCUUAUCAUUUUCAAUUAGUUUGUAGGAUAAGUUUUCAAGGUUCUGCAUAAAUCACUAAGAGCUAUAAUUUCACGGGCUCAGCCCAUUAAA